GGACGUGGAAGGAAAGCAUAAGGCGCUCAGAAGCAGACAAAGGAAGGACACCUCUACUUCUCGUGAGAGCUGAGACUGAGAUCGAUCUUUCUUUCCCUGCGUCCUGUCUCCGUGGCUUUCACUGAGAGAGCGAGAGAGAGGCAAUCCAAGGGUUAGUGAGAAAUGGGAGAGGUCCGAGGAGGGUGUUGCCCGUCGAUGUAUCUGUUCAGGUCGGAGCCCAUGCAGCUGGUUCAGCUCAUCGUCCCCACCGAGUCCGCUCACCUCACCGUCUCCUAUCUCGGCGACGUCGGCCUCCUACAAUUCAAAGACCUCAAUGUGGAGAAGAGCCCAUUUCAGCGGACUUAUGCAGCUCAGAUAAAAAAAUGUGGGGAGAUGGCACGCAAAUUACGCUAUUUCAAGGAACAAAUGCUGAAGGCAGGGUUUUGUCCAAAAAAGUCUACAGCACAAGUUGAUAUCAAUUUGGAUGAUUUAGAGGUAAAACUAGGUGAACUUGAGGCAGAGCUGGUCGAGAUAAAUGCAAAUAGUGAGAAGUUGCAACGUGCUCAUAAUGAACUAGUAGAAUAUAAGCUUGUUCUGGAGAAGGCUGGUGAGUUUUUUCAUGUAGCUCACAGCGGUGCCACAGAACUACAGAGGGAGUAUGAAUCACGCCAGAUUACUGAAGAAUCCUUGGAUACACCAUUAUUGUUGGAGCAAGAAAUGUUAACUGAUUCAUCCAAGCAAGUUAAGCUGGGGUUCAUCACGGGCCUUGUUCCUAGGGAAAAGUCAAUGGCAUUUGAGAGGAUUAUUUUUCGUGCUACUAGGGGUAAUGUGUUUAUUAGACAUGCUGUUGUUGAGGACCCUGUGACUGAUCCUGUUUCUGGAGUGAAGAUUGAAAAGAAUGUGUUUGUGGUUUUCUACUCUGGAGAAAAAGCAAAGAACAAGAUUCUUAAAAUAUGUGAAGCUUUUGGAGCAAAUCGCUAUCCUUUUAGUGAGGACUUGGGUAAACAAGCUCAAAUGAUCACUGAGGUUUCAGGAAGACUAUCAGAGCUGAAGACCACUAUAGAUGUUGGACUGCUGCAACGAAACAGUUUGUUACAGACCAUUGGAGAUCAAUUUGAGCAGUGGGACCUUUGGGUGAGAAAGGAGAAAUCCGUAUAUCACACCUUGAACAUGCUUAGCCUUGAUGUGACAAAAAAGUGUCUUGUUGGUGAGGGCUGGAGUCCUAUUUUUGCAACAAAACAGAUCCAGCAUGCAUUGGAGAGGGCAGCAUUUGACUCUAAUUCCCAAGUUGGAGCAAUCUUCCAGGUUUUGCAAACAAAGGAGUUACCGCCAACCUAUUUUCGGACAAACAAAUUCACUUCUCCUUUCCAAGAAAUUGUCGAUGCAUAUGGGGUGGCUAAAUAUCAAGAAGCAAAUCCUACUGUAUACACUAUCGUUACAUUCCCAUUUCUUUUUGCUGUCAUGUUUGGUGAUUGGGGGCAUGGAAUAUGCUUAUUACUUGCAACAUUAUUUCUAAUAGCCAGGGAGAGGAAAUAUUCUAGUCAGAAGCUUGGAGACAUUAUGGAAAUGAUGUUUGGUGGUCGUUACUGUAUUUUGAUGAUGGCACUCUUCUCAAUUUUCACGGGUUUGAUCUAUAAUGAAUUCUUCUCAGUCCCAUUUGAGCUGUUUGCUCCCUCGGCAUAUGUAUGCCGUGAUCUUUCUUGCAGAGAUGCUACUACUGUGGGAUUGAUUAAGGCGCGCCCCACUUACCCAUUUGGCGUAGAUCCUGCAUGGCAUGGUACCCGCAGUGAGCUGCCAUUCCUAAACUCUUUGAAGAUGAAAAUGUCAAUCCUUCUUGGGGUAGCUCAAAUGAACCUGGGAAUCAUAUUAAGCUAUUGCAAUGCUAAAUUCUUUGAGAAUAGCGUUAAUAUCUGGUUCCAAUUUGUUCCCCAGAUAAUUUUUUUAAACAGUUUGUUUGGCUACCUGUCCAUUCUCAUCCUUGUGAAGUGGUGCAUUGGUUCACAAGCUGAUCUAUACCACACAAUGAUAUACAUGUUCCUCAGUCCUACUGAUGAUCUGGGUGAAAACCAGCUUUUUGUUGGCCAGAAGACGUUACAGCUUGUGUUACUGUUACUGGCCCUUGUUGCUGUACCCUGGAUGCUACUUCCAAAGCCUUUUCUUUUGAAGAAGCAGCACCAAGAUCGGCAUCGAGGCCAAUCUUACACACCACUUCAGAGCACAGAGGAAACCUUUCAGUUGGAGUCAAAUCAUGGUUCACAUGGUCAUGAGGAGUUUGAGUUCAGUGAAGUCUUUGUACACCAACUGAUACAUACCAUAGAAUUUGUGCUUGGAUCGGUCUCAAAUACGGCUUCUUACCUUCGUCUAUGGGCCCUAAGUCUUGCUCACUCGGAGUUGUCAAGUGUGUUCUAUGAUAAACUUCUCAUGCUUGCUUGGGGGUACAACAAUGUGGUUAUCCUAAUAGUAGGCAUCUUCAUCUUUAUUUGCGCUACUGUUGGGGUGUUGCUUGUAAUGGAAACACUCAGUGCUUUCCUACACGCUUUGCGACUUCACUGGGUGGAGUUCCAAAACAAGUUCUACGAGGGAGACGGUUACAAGUUCUAUCCAUUCUCAUUCACAUUGAUUGGUGAAGAAGAUGAAUGAGGCAGUGUUGAAAAAGGAUGGAGUUGUGCGUGCAUAUAGGUAUGGAUCUAUGUUGAUUCUUUGAUUUGGACAUGACAGGGUGGGGUGCCAUCUAGAAUGUGGUUUGGAAAAAGCUUUUUUAUUUCUACCUUUUUUUUUACGGUGAGCACCACCCAGUCUACUUGUUUAUUUGUUUCUGAAAGGAAUAAGCAGCUUAUUCCUGGUUAGGCCUGCGGCUUGGUAUGCAGAUGGCAGUUGCUUCUGCUAGUGUAAUAAGAAGAAUAUAUUCUAA